AUGGCCCGUCAGUUCACCAAGUAUCCCAAGCCCGUCGCCAAGUCUCUUCGUCGAGCUCUUUAUUACACAAAUAUCAGCCCCGAUCCGAACCUCGCGAGGAAAUACUACAAGCAAGCACUGGAGCAGUGCAAUGAGCUCCAGCUAGACCCGUUCUCGGAUGAUGUUUUGGGCAUUAGGAUUCAGACCGCGGCAUGGCUCGAAAAGAUCGAAAACUACCAAGGAGCCAUUACCGUUUUGGAUUCUGUGCUCAGAGACUGCCUCAAGUGGGUGGAAUGGAUGGAGAACUCCAUUGCAGAUGGAACAGUAGACAAGUCAGGAAAGCCGCCUGCUGCGAAGCCUACGUCGGAAAAUCAACGACUCGCAGUUCCGGAGAAUGGCGAGGAGAAGGCUGUCGAAAACCUGUGGCAUAAGCGCACUCGCCUUCUAGCCAAAGCCGUCGGAACUAGCACCAAGCUUGGUGCCCUUUACUCGGACGAGCAUGUGAUGGAGCCAGAAAACUCUCUGGCCCGACUGACGUGGGCCGUCGAAACGGCACUGACAGAGUCAAAACGACGCCACAAGGAAGGUAUCAAGAAGGAUGAAGGUUCUUGGAUGAGCCCAGAAGAAAUUGGCGGUGCCAUGGAGUUGAACAAUCUGGCCGCAGCGUUUGCUCAGCAUCCCCUCCAGACUCCGCUGGACGCCAUUCCCAACGCGCCUGCCACUUCCGACGCAAUAGUCAGUCCCGACAUGCCGACAGACCGAGCCGGGCUCUUGGAGGCUGCGAAGAACUGGGCUAGCAAUGCCUACUCACAUUCAAAGGAUGUCAAGGGAGAAGACCGAACUGAAGAGUGUGAUGAAGCUUGCGCCGUAGCAUUAACAAACAUGGGUGACAUCGCUGCCCUACUGGGAAAGAAGGAGGACGCAAGAAAGCGUUUUCAGCAGGCAAUCGACAUGAGCAGGAAGAUUGGCUUCGGUCCUGGCAUCUCUCAGGCCGAAGCGGGACUUCAAAAACUCUAG